CGGCUCGGGGCGAGCGCCGCGCAUCAGGCUGAGGCUGCUGCCAAGGGCAAGGCUCGCUCUCGUCAAGGUGGAUUUCUUCUUCAAACUUUUUCCCUUUCAGGACCUGCUGCCUAGCUACAAUGAUGUGGUUCUUGGAAAAGAUGAGAGUGUCACAUGAAAAUGGAAACCUCCCCAGCUCUUCCUUCCUGGGACUGCCGCAAGGCCAAAAUCUGCCAGAAAAAGCCCGACUGAGGGCUGCUGCUUUUCCAAAUGUGAUCACUCCUGACAGAAUCCCUGAAUUCUGCAUUCCCCCCAAGCUGACCGACUCUGGCUCCAUUAAGAGCAGUGGCGUCCAGCAGGAUCACAGCUCAGUGGAUGGAGCUCUUACUUCUGGUUAUAGCUCUUUCCCACAUCUCAUUCAGGUGGAAAGUGUUGAAGAGGAGAUUUCAGCCCUGGAGGAAGAAAGCACCAAUGCAGACCCACAGUCCCAAGCAGCCCUCUCCCUGCCCCACUUUCCCAGAGCCCCCACUUCCUAUGGCUUCUGCACUUUGCUGGAGAGUCCCCACACCAGGAGAAAGGAGUCCAUCUUCCAUGGGGAUCCACGUGGUGCUCUACCCAGCCUGAAGCUGUCUCGAUCCAGAGCUAACACCUUCAGUGGCAAAGGGACUAUGUCUAAUCCCAUUGCCAUCAGCUUUGCUUCUGUCAGACUGCCGCCCAAGCAUCUCUCUCUGCACAGGCAAGGCGCCUGUGACAGUGACACUGCCUCUUCCAGUGAUUCUUCUCCUUUCAGUUCUCCACUUCUCAGCAGGUCACCUCCCAGACCCUGCUCCCUGAUCAAAGCACAAAGUCAGGAGGGAUUGCUCUGCAGAGCACUGAAAGACAAGAGCAAACACAGAAUGCCCAGGAACAAUUCUCUCUCCACAGAGGAGAGCAGCUCCACUGAUAACAGCCCCAGUGCCACCAGGAGAGCCUCCGAGGGGCUGCUUGGCAUUAGGAGCUUUAGCACCUCCCGUUCUCCCAUGUUUCCAGUGGACCUGGCUUGCAGUCGUGAGAGGCUGGUGGGAGAAAGCACUGUGGUCAUGGACAAGGGUGGGGUGUUAAGGCUGUCAGCUGAAUACUGCUCAGAGAACGAGAGGCUGCGGAUCCGCCUGAUCAGUGCAGAGGGUUUGUAUGACAAUUCCGUGGAGCCCAAAAACAUCAACUGCCGGAUCUCCUUCUCCCUGGUGCCAGGGAAAACACAGAAGCAGAGAAGCACAAUUAUAAAGAGAAGCAGAAAUCCCAUCUUCAAUGAGGACUUCUUUUUCGAUGGCAUUGCAGAAGAAGAGCUCUACAGCCUUUCUAUCAGGAUGAAAGCAACAAAUAAAGGGUGCAGUAUGAAACGGGAUUAUACCUUGGGAGAACGGGAAUUGUCUUUACUGAGUAUGUUGCCAGUGUAGUGCUUCAAAUAUUCAAAUUGUCUUCUGAAAGUUUCCUGAUAAAUAAAGUUUUA